AUGACAAUCAUCGCUUUCCUGGUUGACACUUCCGCGUCCAUGAACCAGCGCACUAUCGCUGGUGGACGACCGACAUUACUAGAUAUGGCUAAAAUUGCCAUUGAGUCUUUCAUUAAGAUGCGGAGUAAAAAACUUCCCGAAGCUAGUGGGGAUCGGUACAUGUUACUGACCUUUGAAGAACCACCUUCUCAUAUCAAGGUUGGCUGGAAAGAAGGAAUGAACGUUUUGAUGCAUGAGCUGAAGAAUUUGCAUGCCAUUGGCAUGACUACUCUGGGAGCAGCCCUGAAGAACACUUUUGAUUUAAUCAAUUUGAAUCGAAUGCAAUCAGGCGUUGACACUUUUGGUCAAGGUCGCAAUCCUACGUACAUGGAGCCGGCUGUGGUUGUUGUUCUUACAGAUGGAGAGCGUCUAACUGACGUCAAUGGCGUCAAGGAAGAGUUGUCGUUUCCAUCUCAACCGCAAAUUCCUGGUGCCGAUUUAUGCCGGGAUAUUUACCGAUGGGAUCAAAGAGUGUUCGCACUUGUUCUGAGACUCUCUGGUGCGCCUUGUGGCGAUUCCAAAGAAGCCACGCUAGUUCCCUCAGAUCGCUCACCAGUCGACGGCCUCUGUGAACAAACUGGCGGUCGAUCUUAUUGCAUUACUUCGCACAGAAUGAUGAUGCAAUGUGUGGAAAGCGUAGUGGGAAAGAUUCAGCUUGGCGUGGUUUUCCAUUUUGAAAGAAGUGGACCCGAUAUCUCGUUAACUGACGGCAUCACUAAGUCAGCGGAUGCCCUCUCCUUACCUUACGAUCCUCUAAAUCCUGAGCAUGUUCUUCCGGAUAAUCUACGAAUAACCGUACCUGGUUCCAUCGGAAAUGAUUCAUCACGCCCUUUGGUGCCGAAUCCCCUAGCUCCGGCGAUUCAAACAUUCCCGAAGGAUUGGAAUUCUUGUCGAAAAAUGAUUUAUGUGAACAAGGAUCCAAAAAAGGGCACAGUUACUGCGUGGUGGCCGGUUCCUGAAAAUUUCUGGCCUGAUAUGAACGCACAAAGUUUGCCUCCACGAACCGCCCAGCCACAUGUCAAGUUCUCAUGCGCACCCACGGAUUUCGUCAACUCUGAUCCGGUUCCGUUCGAUCGCUAUGAGCUGGAAGCCUCACCGUUGACUUUGUACAUUUUGUCGCGGAAAAUGCCUCACGCCGUGUGGCAAGUGUUCGUUAGCAAUAGUUAUAAGAGCAAUUCGGAAACCAGUCAUCCGUUCGGGUAUUUGAAAGCCAACCAGAACCUAGAUCGGGUCAAUUUGUUCGUGUUACCGUACAAUUACCCAGUGAUCGUGCCUUUGAUACAAGAAGCUGCGAGAAUGACGAGGAACGGGAGCAAGCCGCAAAAAGAGUGGAGGGUCAAUUUUGACAAUUAUUUGCGCAACACACCAACGUACUACAUUUUGCCGUUGAAGCGAGCCUUGAACUCGAUGAAGAUGCCGAAUUUGAUACCCGAACAUGUGGAGAUAAAUGGCCUAAGUUACGCGGUUUGCAGUCACCUCAAAAAAGUCAAAGCCGCCGCAAAAACAGAACUAGAUCGUAUUAAUGAUCUGGUCGCGAAACAGCAAGCCGCGUCGCAAAUGAACGGAAUGAAAUCCCACGGACCGACGCAAAAUGACUCAAUACGCGUCGCUUAUCGAGCGUUUGCAAACCGGGAGUUCGUUGCACAUCCGGCUCUCAGAGAUAAAUUCAACGUGCUGCAUCGAGAUAUCAUGGAGUUCAAGAACGUGAUGAUUCCCGCUCGCCAAAGAAAAGACGUCACGUUGCAAAAAUUCAGAAACGCUUUUGACAUUCCGCGGCGAGAUCUGCUCGCUCAGGUGGCCAGAAUGCGCACAAAUUUCAUGCAGUCGUUUUUCCAACGGUCGAAGCUUCACGAAGAUGAUCAACUGCACUCAUUGUCUGUGAGCCAGAUGGGAAAUUUCCAGGAUGCAUUGUGCCGAAAUCCCCCGCUGAGAGAAGUGGUUGAGUCGACUUUGCAACGGCAACACAUGUUCGGUAACCCCUUCAAAGUAAACAAGAAAAUGAUGAUGAUCGAUGAGGCAGAUAGUGACGAUCAAUACCCGGUUAGUUUCCCGGGUGCGCCUGCACUAUCCUCCGGUAACUCGAGUAGGCAAUCUCUGCGACGAUCUGCCUCUGCUGCGAAUCUGGAUCCGUUGGGUUUGGCCCGACCGGGGUCUGUGAAACGGAAACGCGGCCCGAUUCCGCGGGAUUUUGUGUACCGACCUACGACGCCCCGGCCGUUUUUCUCAUUGUUCUCUGCUCCGGCGUCGCCGGCGCCGGUCGUCAUCGAGGAAAUAGCGACGGAACCCGCUGGUGCGGCGUCGCCUUUGCCUAAUGGAGACGAUUUCUCAGUUGUUUACGAAUUCCCUUUGAGUCCCGCUCCAGCUGUAGAACUCGUGGAGCGGCUGCCAGCGCCGCAAGACCCUGUAAUCAUCGCACCACUGCCACCGUUUGUUCCGAACGGAAUUCCCGUGGUGAGUCCCGCUGUAAUUCCAGAGCAGUCGGCUGUCGUCGAGCCAGUUGUCCCUCUGCUCAACGGACACGUCGGGCCAACUGCGGAGGAAGAAGUGUCCGUCUCUAUAUCCAAGGAACAGCCGAAAGUGAUCCGCAAAAAACGCGGCGAUUUUCGCGUCGUGAUGGGUCCAGUUGAUACGCUAGAUUUCGCGUUCCCGAUCAAAGAGGACAGUGCGUGGGAAGUGCGUCGACACAAUCUGUGCGUGCGACGGGAAAUUUGGCGAACUGUGCGGAAUCAUUCGCCCGAUGGCGAUCGACAAGUCAUCUUGAGUCUGUUUGACCUUCGUGGGUCUAUGGAGACGAGAAUCGCAUUCGUUGAUUGUGUUUCGCGGGAAGCUGCCACGUUUUGUAAACGGAAUCUGGUACAGCAACUGGACAAGUUCCGACAAAUUUUAGUGCACUUCAGCGAGAAGAUCAAGUCGAAUCCGCCGCCUGUUGAAGAAGAACCGACGGAUUCGGUCAACUGUGCGAAUGAUUUAUGA